AUGGUGCACCCCGACAUGUUUCGCAAAGCUGUUUCAACCAAGGUGAAUGAUGAUGCUAAUUCGGAUGAGGUGAAUGAUGAUGCUAAAACGAUUGUUGUCGAGAUAGAUGUUGUUCAACAAUUUUCAAAUGAUCAAGUUUUCAAUGCUCGUCAACAUAUGUUUGACUGGGUCCGAAUGGAAGCAAGCAAACUCGGGUUUGACGUUGUGAUUGAAAGGUCUGAUAAUAGUACUAGUAGAAGACAAGCAUUUGCAACAAUUAUAUGCGAGAGAGGUGGAAAAUAUGUUUCAAAAAACAUUACGAGCAGAGGUCUUAGAUCUGAAAUGCAACAACUUUUCAAACUCUUAGACGAUAACCAUUAUGUUUCAAGGUACAGAGUGUGUGAUGAUAAAGUCAGUGUUCGUGACAUUUUUAGGACUCAUACAGAAAGUGUCAACUUGUUCAACACGUUUCCAACUGUCCUUAUAAUUGAUUCAACAUACAAGAUCAACAAGUAUAGGCUUCCACUUCUAGAAAUUUUUGGUUUUACUUCAACGAAGAUGACAUUUUCGGUUGGAUUUGCAUUUCUCGAAUGUGAGAAAGAAGAAAAUGUUACAUGGGCGUUGGACAUAUGCAAGAGUUUGUUGAAGAAUCCACAAAAUAUGCCUAGUGUCAUUGUAAUUGACCGAGAUAAAGUCCUUGUGAAUGCGGUUGGUAUUAUAGUUCCUAUAUCUCGUGCAUUACUUUGUCGGUAUCAUAUAACAAAAAAUGUUAGAGCCAAGCUCAAACCUGCGGUUGACACUCAAGAUUUCAAGGGUGAAGACGGAAACAUGCUCAAAUAUAGUGUUGUGGUGGAGACUAUAAUGGAUGCAUGA